GCGUCUGAAAUUUUUUUUUCCCGCGCAGGGGGAAAUUUUUGAUUCCGGGAUGGCAGCUGUAAGCUUAAGCAUAAACGGGGAGCCGGCCGUCCUUCUGCAGCCCGAUACUGUUUACCGCAUUGGGCGUAACGAAGCAUAUGAGUUCUGUGUCGCCGAUGAAUCCAUGGAGCUGUUUCAUGCUUUGGCAAUUGUCUAUCGAGCGGGUGUCCUUCGCGUGACUGCGCUGAUGGGAAAGGUAUUCGUGAAUGGCCUGGAGAACGGCAAUGUGGACAUCAGCCGAAAGGAUGCCAUCGAUGGAAAGGUAAAGUUACGCUUCGGUAAUGUGGCAGCCGAAGCGCAAAUGAUGGAACCUAUUCAGGUAUGUGUAUCCCAGAGUGGCUCAAGGAAAUACAUAAAAAACAUUGACAUAUUUCAGCACCAUGAUAGCAGUGGAUUCGGCGAAUCCCUCAAGGACACAUCCGUCGAUACAACAUCAGACAGUCUCGUUAUACCAGAAACGGAGGUGCAGUCGGUCAACACAAGUGCUAAUACAACGGUUGGUAGCUUCUUUGUACCCGAAACCCAAGCUGUGGUCUUUGAUAAAGGAGUCUCGAAGGGCGGCAAAGUUUCGCUGGGCGAUGACUUCAUGAUACCCGAGACGCAAGAUCUCCUUAGUACUCCACCAGUUGUUGUCCACAAUGAGAACUCCAAUUCUAUCGAUGAAGAUGCCUCUGAAAUGGGCACGCAGAUACGCAUUUGCACCCAGGAAUUCAAUAAUUUCGAUGAGGAUGCAUUUGAUGACUUUGAUUCAUCUAUGAUAAUGGGAGAUUCUGUGACGGCACUAUCGCUUCGUCAGCGCAUUGAAAACAAAAACAAGCAGGAUGUCGAUGAAAAGGACCUGGAACUGAGUGCCUUAAAUUGGUCUGCAACCAAUCCAAAAUGCACUGUUUUGAAUAGCACCAAGGCGGGAGAAUUGUCUCCUCGCGAACUUGCUUGUAUUACACCAGACCUAUCCGGCCAAAAUCCAUCUCAAAAUGCAGGAAAUUGUACUCCUGAUCUAUUUGAUUUGAUGAAUGCUGGUAAUGUACUGUCCGAGAGAUCCGCCACACCAACGCUUUGCGGGCUAAAGCAGUUGAUUGUGGCCACCAUAGAGACACCAACAGCAACUCCUAUCGAAGUGGAGGACAAAGAAAAUCAGGACUUUAUUGUCACUCCGAGCAAAGAGCCAGCAAGCGAAUCUCCCAAAAAUGGCAACGAAAAUAACGAAACUAAUCAGGAUUUCAUUGCCACUCAGCCGUUUCCCUUUCACUUAAAGCGCAAGCAAGAAAGAUUGCAAGCAACCGAAUCUCUUAAAGAUCGCCCCGAUGGCGAGCUCAUAAAUCAGGAUUUCAUAGAAACUCAGCCAUUUCCUUCGAAGCUCAAACAAAAUGCCUUGAAAGCAGCCGACUAUCCUAAAGACCGCAGCUAUGAGGAGGAAACUAAUCAAGAUUUCAUUGCCACUCAGCCAUUCCCCUUAUGGAAGAAGAAAAAUAGGAACGCAGCUGAAUCAACUGAAGAACACCGCGACAGUGAGGACAAUCAAGAUUUUAUAGCCACGGAGGCAUUCCCUUCGAUAAGCAAGCAAGCAAGUAAGAACGCUCCAGAAAAUAAAGAGAACAUUCCAGUUGAAAAAAAUGAUACAGAACCCAAAGCUUCUACUUCCAAAGGCGCAAAAGAUUUGAAUUCCCGUACAUAUAAUGAAAUCAUGGAGAUACUGGACAAAAUGGCUGCAGGCUUUCCACAGCCGCCUGAUGAUCCAAACGAACCUCAAAUUAAGUUCGUUAAACCUUCCAUUAUUAUGGAUGAAAACUAUAAUGCUAAGGUUGCCCGUCUAGAAUCCAUCUAUCCGGACGGGGGCAGCAAGCGGCUUUGGGGUUUACCGAAAUUACCCGAAGUCUUGAAUAGCCGCAUAGCCGGAUCGGAGUCACCUCCACGUACUACAAGAAACGCAUGUCAACGACGCCUUUCAGACGAAUCACCCAGAAUUGAGCCCAGAAAACGGCCAGCGGCUGCAGAAAACUCACCCGAACCUAAAAAUAAGAUCAGCCGUCUACCUUUGAAUUCGUUUAUUGAAGAAGAGGAUAAAAAGGCAGCUGACAAGGAGAGUGCGCCGGAAUUGGUGGUCACUAACACACAGCUCGAUGUUGCUUCGCAUUCCAAAGUAAAGAAGACAAUCGGACCCCAAAAAGAGGAACAGGCAUCUGACAUGGAAAGUUCACCGGAAUUGGUGGUCAAGGUGCGGCCGGGUAGAUCAAAGAGGUCGACUAGCACACAGCACGAUUCUGCUUCGCAUUCCAAAGUAAAGAAGACAAUCGGACCCAAAGAAGAGGCACAGGCAUCUGACAAGGAGAGUACGCCGGAAUUGGUGGUCAAGGUUCGGCCGGGUAAAUUAAAGAGGUCGACUAACACACAGUUCGAUUCAGCUUCGCAUUCCAAAAAAAAGAAAACAAUCGAACCCCAAAAAGAGGAACCGGCAUCUGACAUGGAAAGUUCACCGGAAUUGGUGGUCAAGGUGCGGCCGGGUAGACCAAAGAAGUCGACUAGCACACAGCUCGAUUCUGCUUCGCAUUCCAAAGUAAAGAAGACAAUCGGACCCAAAGAAGAGGCACAGGCAUCUCACAAGGAAAGUUCACCGGAAUUGAUGAGCAAGGUGCGGCCGGGUAGAUCAAAAAGGUCGACUAGCACACAGCUCGAUUCUGCUUCACAUUCCAAAGUAAAGAAGAAAAUUGAACCCAAAAAAGAGGAACAGGCAUCUGACAUGGAAAGUUCACCGGAAUUGGUGGUCAAGGUGCGGCCGGGUAGAUCAAAGGGGUCGACUAGCACACAGCUCGAUUCUGCUUCAAAUUCCAAAGUAAAGAAGAAAAUUGAACCCAAAAAAGAGAAACAGACAGCUGACAAGGAAAGUUCAUAUUCCAAAGUAAAGAAGACAGUCGAACCCAAACAAGAGGAGCAGGAUGUUCCAGAUGCAUCACGCAGUCGAUUAAGAAACGCAAAAACAAUCGACAAGAUUCAGGAAAAGGCAGCCAAAAUUGGGAAUACACCCGAAGAAGGAGUCGUUGAAAAGAUAGCAAGCAAGCGAGUAGGAAGACCUAGAAAGAUCAAAACACCAACAUCAACACCGCAGGACACCAUACAGAGUAAGAUAAAGAAGGAGAACCCACCAGAGAAAGAAAAUGCGAAUACUAGUGCAGUCGCAAAACGGAGGGUGGGCAGACCUAGGAAGUCCCAAACACCAACAGAGGAUAAACCAGAGAUAAAACCAAAAGGUAAGAGAAGUGAGACAUCAUCUACAACAGAUAAGAUCAUUACGAGGAACACGUCAGAGGAGAAAGCUAAAGGAGAACCACAAUCCAAAGCUGCUGAAACUCGAGAAUCGGUUGUCAUGGUCAAAAAAAAGCAGCUAACAAAAUCGACCUCUGUCACUGAAGAGGAUAAUGGACCAACUACAAGUACUGCAGCAGCAGCAGCACAAAAGGAAACUCUUGGGCUAAGGGGAAGAUCAAUUAUUAGCACAGGCACAGGCACAGUCGCGUCAUCUCAAGAGAAUGCCCUUAAAGCCAUUAACGAACAUGUGAGGAAGGCAAAAGGACAAGGAAAAAUCAAAAUAGCAUUCUCGAUGUGUAAUCUAGCUGAGCUGGCGUCAGUUCUGAAGGCCUUGAAGCAUUCUGUGGAGAAAACGGAUGAUCCCCUGAACUGCGACGUCCUCAUCAUGGACAAGGGUGAUCGCACGUACAAAUUCCUGGUGGGAAUAGCUGCCAGUAAACCUAUACUCUCCAGCUCCUGGCUUCAAUCCAUGAGGGCAUCGUCUCGUGCAACUGUUCAGACAGAACACCUCUUCUCAGACUCAAACUUCGAGAAGUUGUACAAAUUCGAUCCCCUAAUGGCAAUGCAGCAUCCACAAUUGUUGAGUGGGCUUAACUUUAUGCUCUGCGAGGGUAUCCAACCGAAUCAAAAAGAAAUGAAAGCAAUCAUUGAAAGUGCUGGUGGAAAGGUCCACAAAGAACCGCCAGCGCAGGAAUUGAAUCUGUAUGUCAUAACUGUAGCCAAGGAUAAAAAACGCUACAAGCGAAUCCUGCAAAAUCGUGCCCAUGUCCAGUACAUAACCACAGAGGGCAUCAUGAAGACACUGGUGCAGCAUAAUCUGGAUUUGUUAAACGACCCUAAGGUACAAAUUUGAGUCGCGUCUCAGUAAAUUGUGCCUUGUUCCUUUUUUUGUGUGGCCAUAUAUAUUUCAUGUUAAUUUUUUUGAAAUUACUAAAUACAUCAUAAGAUUGUGCUUAUUAUCUA